GCUACUCAGUGAUGUGAACAGUGUCUAUAGCGUCAUGUUAAGCGAUCUCACAGAAAGUUGUAGCCAUCGUUACUGGACAUAUUGGUUACAAGUUGCAUCACUAGCCUGAAUAAAUAUUGACAGAAAUGAGGAGACCUAUUCAAUCUCCAAGAAUAUAUUUUAUAAUACUUCCAAAUGUUCUGAUCUCAACUGAUAAUUAAUAUUUGUAACAUCAUAGAACCUGGAAUUUGAAGAAAAAGAAUUAUCAUUCUUAUUCUGAUCCAGAAAAGUACAAAUAAUUUUUCUCAUUUGCGACAUUAAUAAACUAUAGUGUCGUUGAAGCUACGGUGAGGGUAAAGGAUGCCCAAUGCCAUGGGCGCCUAACUUUUAGGACGCAAAGUAAAAUAAUGUUUCAGACAUUGAUACACUCAUCACUUUCAAGACAAAUCUGAGGCCAUGGUUGCAGAGAUGCGCAAUUACCUCUGCAGUGAAAAAGAGUCGUCAGCUUCAGAAGCAGCACCCAUGUACACUCCAACAAGCUCAUUUCCUCUGUCACCGCCCAGUGGACAAAGUCCACCAUCAGCAGCAGCUCAAAAUGAGAACGUCCAAAGUGAAAUUAUUCGCGCCGCUCAUACUAAUAAAUCAAAAUCAGAAUUCGUGUCUUCAUCUGAAAGAUAUUCUGCUGAUGUAAGUAGAAUUUUCUGUUCUUCAGAUCAAAUUAAAGACGAUGUGCAGUCACUUGGAGUAUAUAGAGCUUUAGAGCAGUCAAAGUUUUCCAGAAAUACAUAUCCUCUCCAUUCAGGACAAUCAUAUUUUCCAAGGUCUCAUUUUCCUGUUAAUGGAAACGGUUAUUACGAACAAUAUUGUUCGAACUUUAAAUUGCAUUACCAUUCUUCCUCUAGCUCAUAUUACGAAGGGGAUCAAGAAAAAAAUCACAGCGAGCUUAAUCAGUUUUAUAAUGGCAAAAAUCCAGAAAAAAUGUAUUCUGUAGAAUGUAAUGCUUAUGGAUUAUCUCAUUCCUUAUAUUCUGAUAGUGCCUCAAAAUCAUCGGAGAUUUACGAAAGAGGUUGUACUCAUUCACUCCCACUUUCUGCUAAUUCUGGUGACCAAUGUAAUUUAACCACAAUGAAUUCUACCUUCCCAGAUAAAUCUGAAGAUUUGCAAAAUAAAACGUCUGUCCAAAACUGUGACAGUCGUCUUUUACAUGUAGCAGAUUCCUUUUCUGGUUUUAGAAGGUCCACAAAUUAUUUAGUUAAAAGUGAUGCAAAUUCGGAUGGUUUUCCGUUCAAAGCAGAGCAAACAAUGAAUAAUUAUGAAAAUCUCCCAAGGUCUGUUUCAAAUCAAUUUAAUGGCAGUACAAUCAACAACAGUAGUGUUUUACCAUUUGAUUCUCAAAACGACUGUGAGCUAAAAGGACUCCAAAAUGAAGAAAAAGAUAACUAUGAUAUAUGUAGAGAAGAACAAAAACAGAUUUAUUUUAAAAGAGAAAUUUAUAAUUUUAAUCAUAAUUCAGAACACUUGAACUCGACAACAUCUUGUAAUUAUUCUACAAAGGAACGAAUACAGAACCCUUUACAAAAAAAUGAUUCUCCUUGCUUGAAUGCAAGAAAUGCUUUUGUUCAAUCAAAAUCACACGUGACAGAUUCACAAAUAUUAGCAUCGUCCAAGGAAACUAUGCUUUCAUCAAAUCAAUAUGAAAGAUCAGAAAAAAAUGUAUCUGAAGUAAUUAUCCAUAAUCUUAAAGAAGAAAAAGAUAGCAAGCAUUUCCAUGAAAAUUUUCUGACUGACAGACACAGUGGGAAAAGUUCAAAGAUUUCUAAUAUAAAGUCAGUUAAAAAGAAUUUCAACCGUGGAGCGAUUUUUAAACCCUACUGUUACGGUGCGAAAGAUGGCUCUAGUAGUGAAACUUUCUGCCCUAAGAUUAAGACCCAAGUUGACGGAGGAAGUGAAGGAGGAUCUGACGGGGAAAAGGCCUGUUCUUCUACGGCAUCUCCAUACAGUGUUUCUCCAUCUCCAUCCACGGCUACUUCGGAGAAUGAUACUCCUGUUGAUCUCCGUCGUGCUACUGCCGACAGCGAUGAUCAACAUGUACCUCACGUUUUCGUGCCAGGCCAAAAUAAUCACCAACGUCGAUGCUUGCUGUGGGCUUGUAAAGCUUGUAAAAGAAAAUCUGUGACAGUUGACCGACGACAAGCUGCCACGAUGAGAGAGAGGAGACGGCUGAGAAAAGUCAAUGAAGCCUAUGAGGCUCUGAAACGUGUCUCUACCAGAGAUCCAAAUCAAAGAUUGGCUAAGGUGGAUAUCUUAAAAAAUGCUAUCGAGUAUAUUGAAAGCUUAGAAGAUAUACUUCAUGUUUCCUCGAAUAUUAGGGAGAGAGAUUGUGACAGUGGAGGAAGUGACUAUGGGGCAGUGAAUAGUCCACCGUAUCUCAGCGAACAUUAUCAACAUUUUUCGGAAAGAAGUAAUUUUUCUUCAAUUGCAGAGACUUCGGAUACAUCCACAACAAAUGUCUCCAGUUUAGAUUGCCUUUCACUAAUUGUCCAGAGCAUCAACCCAGAUACUAGUUCUCUUCUGUCUGCUGUCACUAUGGAUGCGGAUGCCUCUAAUUUAGAAUAAUAAUUCUUAAAUUUAUAAUAAUAAAACAUCUAAAAUGAAUAUUUUGAAAUAAGUUAUAAAUUAAACAGAAUACUCGAAAAUAAGCAAAUUUUGUUGAUAUUAUAUUUUGCCAGUUCCUUUAUAGCUUUGAAGUAUGUAGCACAAAGCCCAUGAACACUAUAGUCAGGAACAAGGUGAGUUAAUUAAGAAAGUUCUGCAAUGUAUCACAAGCAACAGUUAAAUAAUUUGGUAUAUUUUCCUUAAUUUUUUAAAAAAAUGUUAUUGACAUGUUUGACAAGCAUUUAGCUUUUCUCAGCAGAAACUUGCACUCUGCGUAACAAAGUUUUAUUUUAAAUAUUUGAAAUGUUUCAUUUCAUUGAGUUCUUUUUAUAAUCCCAAGAUGCUUAGAAGCACUUAAUUUGUCAGUCGUCGGUGACGCGAUCAUACGUAGCUUAUUAAAUACUGUCGAGAUGUUUAAGUAAUGAAUGCUGUUAAAAGACAUGUAAGAUAGUAAAGUAGUAUGAAAACAAUUUAAUUGGUGAAGUAGAAAUUACUGGGUAUGUGUAUUAUCCAUGCAAUAUCUGAUCCAUUCAAUUACUGCACUUCAUAAAACUACUAUCGUAUAGCAUGAUUUGUACAUUGUUUGUGGUAAAAAAAAAGAAAGGAGUAGCGCAUAAUAAUCAGAUGUAAUAUAAAAUAAAAACUGACAGCUGCUGAUAACAUCACAGUCAGAGCAAAAUGCCUUGCUCUCAGUUAAUCAUGUUACCUACAUUUUUACGCUAAGAUAUAUAGCAAAUUAGAAAGACACCAAUAAAAUAAAACUAUGAAAUUUCCAAGAAUAUUUCCAGAAAUACAUUGUACCUAAAACUAUAGUUUACUCUACUGUAGUUUUUCUAUACUAGAUUCAAUUAUUAUAGAAAAUUUCAGUUUCUCGGAAUCAAGCAAGGUAUAUACCAAAUUUUUUUGUGUAAGCAGCAGAAUUUAAAAACCAAUUCAAAUAUCCUAUUUUUGUUUCGAGCAAAUAUUCUUAAUAAGAAAAUGGUAUAAAAAUGAUUUACGAAAAUACAAUAUUUGAAGCUGAAAGUUCAUAAAACGAUGACAGAAUUAGGAAUUUCUUUCCUUUUCCCUCCAUUCUUAAUUCUUUGAAAUUUCAAAUCAAUGUAAUUUUUAUCAGAAGUAUUAUGCAAAAUUUUCAUUCCUUCAAUCUAUUUAAUAUUUAGACCUUAUAAUCAGAAAAAAAAAUAUUUUCAGACAAUACACAGUUUAUCAUUGAGUUGCAAAAUUGCAACAAAAUUUUUUAAAAAAAAUUUCAAUUUAGUAAUUUUCCAUUUUUAAUGUGAAGAAAUAUGCUCACCUUUUUUUUAAAAAAAAACCCUCCCCCCCCCCAAAAAAAAAAAAAAACACGUUCCACUGAAAUGCUUUCUGUGCAAUUGGUUUUUAAAUAACAAAAACACCGGUCCGUAAUGCAGAUUUCCAAUUAAGAAUUAUAUCAGUUGAUUUUUAGAAAAUAAAGACUUACAUAAAUAAACAUAUUCGCAUACAUACACAAAAUAUGACUUUGUAUAAAAACAAUUUCGAAAUGUACUUUAUCAAUUUCAAGAUCGAGCUUAUAAUACACUUAUAAAAACUUAUGUGCAAUGUUGAUAAAUGGUUUGUAAAGAUAUAUUUUAUAUGGCAAUUCAUUGAUUAUACGUAUUUUAAUGCUACGAGGUUAAUAGUAUUUACACAAUUAACCUAAAAAUUGAUUAUAUUUUUUUGAAAUAAAUGUAUAAACAUCUAUUUUAGAAACUGUUUAUGUAUAUGUUUGAAACUGCAGAUGUAAACAGCAAUUGUAUAAACCGCACCUUUUAAGAUGUAAACAACACCUUUAAUAAGACACUCUGAAUAUAUCUCAUCAUUUGAUUGUAUCAAGGAUUUGUCUAGAUUGCUAUAAAUGAACUCCGAAUGCACUAAGUGUUGUUGAGAUAUGCUAUUAAUGAUUGAAAAAUAUCUUUUUACAAUAUAUAAUUCUUAGAACUUUGAACUAAAAAAUUUUAUUUUUUUCAUGAUUGAGAAUCUUUUGAAAUGAUUAUUGUAUUUAACGUAAAUGUGCUAUAAAUAAAAUGUACGAGCACAUGUAAUUGUUUAUAUUAUAAAUAUCAUUUAUUUCUAUUCGCAACUAUUUUGUGUUUUUCUUAAACAUUUUUAUA